CGAAGUCGCUUCUAUCCCCUUCCACCCCCAAGCCAAGUGCAAACUUCUUGGUUUUUGUCCGUAGCCCGCCCCACCGACCCCAAUACUCCCGCUUCCCCUCGUCUCUCUCCCCUCUCCGACCCAAAAGCUCACCUUGCCGUGACGUCUCCACCGUCCCCGUUCCAGAAUACGCGGCGAUCGGCACCGCCCAUCUCAUCCUUGUCGCUCGUUCUCGCGAAGGCUCGGCUUCUCGGUAGCAAUCCGGGUCUCGGAGUCGGUGAGCCUUUCGGGAUCCCUCGCGUCGAUUUGGUUUCCGGAGAUGAGGCAUGGCAAGGAGGAAUCCUCGUCUGGCAAGGAUCAGAUUAUUGACUUAAUCUCAGCUGUUAGAGAGUUAAAUGGACUUUCUUCGAGAGAACUGAAUAAGUUGUUGAAAGAAUCUGAGAAUUUCACCAUACAAUUCAAGACAGUAAAGGGAUUUCUGUGGCAGAUUGACAUGGAAAAACUUGCGUCUUCUCUCCCUCUGCACCUUAUUGCUGUACUGUUGUCACCUGAUAGGGAUAUGCACAUGGGACAUGUGCUUCGUGGUUUCAGGCUUUUGCAUACAUUGUCUGACCUAGCAAUUCGCCAUGGUAGACUUGAGCAGAUUCUUCUUGAUGAUGUAAAGCUGUCUGAACAAAUACUGGAUCUGGUAUUCUAUAUGUUAAUUGUUCUUGCUUAUUGCAAGCAGGACAAACAUAUCGGAAGUUCCCCCGUUCUGCAUUCGGUGCUUGUUGCCUGUAGUCUUCAUGUUUUGACAGGUUAUUUUUCAUCCCAGUGGCAUGAACUUGUGCUUAUUCUGAAUGCACAUCCCAAGGUUGAUAUAUUUAUGGAUGUAGUUUUUGAUGCCAUGCAAGAAGACAUUAGGAUAUUACAUAGCAAGCUAUCUGAAUUAAACAAUGAAGUCCUAUGUGAAAAAUCCAGUCUCCGUGCUGCUGAAAGAACUGCCCACUAUAUUUGUCAACAGUGUGAGGCUUCCUUGCAGUUCCUUUUAUCCUUGUGCCAGCAAAAGGUGAUCCGAGAUCGUGUCCUUAAACACAAGGAACUAUGUAAAAAUGGGGGCAUUCUUUUACUGGCUUGUAUGAUUCUAAAGUUAAACAUUCCAGAUUGUUUUAAGGAGUCUUUUGACAUAGUGGCUACCGUGUCCAGGUUAAAGGCAAAAAUUCUGUCUAUUUUGCUGCAGCUAUGUGAAGCAGAGAGUAUUUCUUACCUUGAUGAGGUUGCUGGGUCCCAAAAGACCAUGCAUCUGGCAAAUUCUGUUGCAUUAGAGUUCCUUGAUUCGCUGAAGAAUGCAUUCAGACAGGAGGCCAAACAACUUGGUGAUUCUCAUGACAAGAGUAGCCGGAUGGGCCUCGUGCUUCUUAAUGCACUGCGCCUAGCUGAUAUAUUUUCUGAUGAUUCAAAUUUCCGGUCUUUCUUUAUGACUAAUACAAUUCCAGUUCUUGCCGACAUUUUCGCAAUUCCCCAUGAUGAGUUCCUAUCAAGUUGGUGCUCUGUCAAUAUACCAAUGAUAGAGGAAGAUGCUAAUCUUGAGUAUGACCCAUUUACUACAGCUGGUGCAGCAUUGUGUACUCUAAACGAUGGCUGUGAGACUGCUCAAUCAGCACCUGUUUUUCUGACUGAAACUAAUUAUGCUUGCCCAAGCAGUUUUAGUGGCAUACCUUCAGUUGCAUAUGCACAACAAAGAACAUCAUAUUUGGUUAAAAUAAUAGCAAAUUUGCACGUUUUUGUUCCUAAUAUAUGUGAAGAAGAAGAAAAGGAUUUAUUCCUUAACAAAUUUCACAAGUAUAUGCUUAUGGAGAUUCUUCAAUUAUCCAGAUACCCCUCGAGUUCUGGUAUACAGAAGGCUACCACAAUUUGUAAAAACUUAAGUUCUUUAGCUGAGUAUGCGAGAUCUUUGACUCCCAACCUAUUAAAUGAUGAGGAUGUGCAUCUUUUGAGUGGAUUCUCUGAUCAACUAAAAAAAUUAGCUGAACCACAAAUUGGAAAUAAUUUGGUUCAGGCACUGCUUGUCAAAGAUGAAGGUACAUCAGACAACAAGGAUGGAUAUCCCAUGCACCAGGAUACUCAAAAUAACGGGAGGACUGCACCAUCUUUACCGAGAAAACUAGAUGCAAGUGCUCAAGAUGAGGCUCUAAUCUUCAAUACUAAUGAUGUUGAUGCAAAAGGGAGAACUCUAGAAGGUUCGCUCCAAGAGAUGGACCAGCUCAAAGUUGCAAGUGAUCCUACUGAGAACUUUGAAACAAGAGAGCAUGCAAAAGAAAGUGGCUUGCAAGAAGAUGACAAAGCAGAGAGUGCUCAGGGUGAAGAAAAGCAACCAAGAAAGAGAAAGCGAAAUAUUAUGAAUGAGAGACAGAUCUUUUUAAUUGAGAAGGCCCUUCUUGAGGAACCUGAAAUGCAGAGAAAUGCAGCUUCAUUGCAGUCAUGGGCAGAUAAGCUGAGUUGUCAGGGCUCAGAAAUUACAUCCUCUCAACUAAAGAACUGGCUGAACAAUAGGAAAGCGAGGCUUGCUCGUGCUGCCAGGGAAGCCCGAGCUCCAUCUGAAGGAGAAACUGUCUAUCCUGAAAAAUCUGGUGGGGCAAGUGUAUCCCAUUUCUAUGAUUCCCCAGAGAGUGCUGGCGAAGAAUUCUAUGUUCCACCUACCAGAGGAAGCACUCACCAAUCCAUUACCAGAUCUGGCGGCAUGAUGACAAGAGCAUCAAGCAAUGAGGAUAAUGACAUGAUGAUCCCUCCAUCCGAUUUUGUUCAUGGGAUGCAGCUAAACCGCCCUUCAGCAAGAUCUGUUUCAUUUGAACCGGGCCAGUUUGUUAUGCUGGUAGAUGUAGAAGGAAAGGAAGUUGCAAAGGGUAAGGUGUUUCAGGUAGAAGGUAGAUGGCAUGGCAAGAACUUGGAUGAUAGUAGCUUGUGCAUUGUUGAGGUCACAGAGCUCAAGACCGAUAAGUGGAAAGAGGUUCAACACCCUUCAGAAGCUGCUGGAAGGACAUUUGAGGAGGCUGCUGCGAGGAAUGGGGGUGUUAUGAGGGUAGCAUGGGAUGUCAUCAGAAUCGUCUUGUUGUCUCGAUAAACCAUCUUUUCAAAUGCAUAACUGAAGGUUUAUUACUUCUGACGGUGGAGGAAGCUAGCUGAUACACGGUGCUGCUCCGGGUUUAGUGUUGUGUUUAUAGAGAGGUCCUGAUGUGGUUUGAGAGCAGCAAGAAUUUCAGAAGAUAGAUUUUAAGCUUUGUGACAUUGCUGUAUCAAUAUAAAGUCACUGUGAGAAGUAGCUGUUAUUGUUAUGUUCUCUCUUUUUUCUUUGUUUUUUCGAAUAGACAUUCUGAAUUUAUAUACAGUUAAGCUCCCUUUGUUAAUGAUCAAAUUUCAGGUAAUUUGCAAUA